CGACAUUUCAUAGUUGUUGCAUUUAUUUAUAACUUUUUCCAUCGUCAUUUCUCUCAUCAAGCUUUGAUAAUUCUUCACUAGAAUUUUCAGCCACCCUAAUUAAAAGCUAAUGGAGAUUGAUUCUAGUAGUAGUAGCAAGAAGGAUGAGAAAUCUUGGGGGAUGAUUGGGGCAUUGGCCGCCAAGAUAAGGGCGGAUUUGUGGAAUAUUGCAAAGAACGUGAAGAAAGUUGGGGAAGAUGAUCCUAGAAGAAUCUCUCACUCUGCCAAAGUUGGGCUUGCCCUCACCAUAGUAUCCCUCUUGUACUAUUUCAGACCACUUUACAAUGGGUUUGGUCAGUCUGGAAUGUGGGCAAUCUUAACCGUGGUUGUUGUCUUCGAGUUUACAGUUGGAGGAACCAUUUCGAAAUGCAUCAACAGAGGUUUCGCAACGCUCAUAGCUGGAGCGCUUGGGAUUGCAGCUGAGCGAUUUGCCAGCCUUUGUGGACAAAAGGGAGAUCCCAUUGUUCUUGGGAUUUUGGUCUUCUUACUUGGUACUCCUUUUUGAUUUUUUUCCGAAUUAGUACUUUUGUGGGAUGAUGAAAUAAGAUGAAUAAUAAUAAUGUGGUAAAAUUAAAAUUUGACGAAUGAAGUCUCAUAUUUUGGUUGCAGCUGCGGGGGCCACAUUUGUUCGGUUUUUCCCAGUGAUAAAGAAGAGAUACGAUUAUGGAGUGUUGAUAUUCAUAUUGACCUUCAGUUUGGUGACGGUAUCGGGUUAUCGGGUGGAGGAAAUAUUCGAGCUGGCACAUCAGCGGAUAUCCACCAUCUUGAUCGGAGCUGCCACCUGCAUGAUUAUCUCAGUUUUCAUACGCCCGGUUUGGGCUGGGGAAGAUCUUCACAAUUUGAUCAUUUCUAACAUUGAAAAGUUGGCGACUUUCUUACUACAAGGUUUCGGAGGUGAAAAUGUUCAAGUACUCCCAAAGUCAAAUGACUAUAAGAGCGUUCUAGGUACCAAAGCCACUGAAGAAUCCUUGGCGAAUUUUGCAUGGUGGGAGCCAGGUCAUGGUUGCUUCGGGUUUUGUCACCCAUGGAAACAAUACUUGAAGAUUGGAGCCAUUACUCGGGAAUGUGCGUCCCAAAUUGAAGUCCUUCAUUGCCUUAAAUAUUCCCACCCUAAGACACAACAAACUGGACUACAGAAAAUGAUUACAACAUCAUGCGAACGGAUGCGAUUUGAAACCGGAAUGGCACUAAAAGAGAUAGCAUCAUCGUUAAAAGAAAGAAUCCGUCUUUCAUCUGCCUUUGAAACUCAUGUACAAAACUCAAACUCCGCCAUGAAUGAGCUCGCAAGCGUACUAGACAAAUUUUCCUUGAACCAAAUUGGUGGUCGAGGGGGCACAUUAGCGGAGAUUGUACAGGUGAUUGCAGCUGCUUCGGUAUUAGCUGAAAUCAUAAAAAAUGUCGAAAGAUUAUCGGAAUCGGCUAACGAACUCGCAAAACGAGCACGUUUCAAGGCUCCGGCUGACCAUGAUAAACAUGAUCACCAGCACCAGCAGCCACCUGAGAAAAGCCACAUCAUCCUCCACCUUGGAUCGGUGAAACCGGUCAGUGAUGACGUUGACCACGUCAUCAUCCCGGUACGUGGAAUCGUCACGCGCGAGGAGGAACCGGGGAUGGGGAAUCGCGAGAUUUGUCCUCCAAAUAAACCAGUUUUUUCGCUGUCUCUCACAGUAGGUUAAAGUGAAUGUAAAUGUUAAUUUGUAGACGAUACAUAGACUAUUCAAUAUUUUUUUUAAUCAAUCAAGGAGUUGGACCAACUUGAUCUUAAAUUCUUAAUUAUAGUUUCAGUUCUUGACAUCUUAAAGAUUAAUGAUCAGUUAAGAAAAUGAUCUACUC